AUGUCGAAACGCACGCUCGACAGCUUCUUCACCCCGCAAGUCACGAAGAAGGCCAAGCCAGACAGCCAGGACGAUACGCUCGACUCCCUCGCGACGGAUGAUACUACCCGCGAACUCUCUGCGCACUCCACGUAUCCAUUCUCUAUACCGCACUUGCCUCCCAGCGUUCGUGAGAUACUCAAUUUUGUGCCUGCAACAGAUGGAAGGAUUAUAAACGAUCAGCCAGAUCUGGAUCUCGUCUACUUCCAACCUUAUAUACCACAAGAGGUCGAACGCCAGCUAUUCGACUUCCUACGACGCGAGCUGUUCUUCUACAGAGUCAAAUACACCAUCAAGCGCGGCUCAGCAGAGACUCAGAUCAACACGCCGCGAUAUACCACCGUCUUUGGGCUCGACGAGACCGCUCGCUUCGAUGUAGAAGGGAGACUGGUGGAUGCAGGUACCAAGAGGCCAUUGCCUCCAACCACUUACAAAUGCCGUCCUCGGCCCAUCCCACAAUGUUUAGACCUUCUUCGAGAGCUGACGCAGAACGCGACGAGCUGUCAAUACAACUUCGCACUUGUCAACUACUACGCUAGCGGCGACGACAGCAUCUCCUACCACUCCGACGACGAACACUUUCUUGGGGCUGAGCCUGCCAUAGCCUCUUUUUCGCUCGGGGCCAAACGAGAUUUCCUACUGAGACAUAAACCCACGGCAGCCAAGCACGAGUCCGAAACCAAGCCCACGAAGCUUCCCUUGAGCAGCGGGGACAUGAUUCUCAUGCGCGGCAAGACACAGAGUACGUGGUUGCAUAGCAUCCCAAAGAGGAAAGGAGGCGAUGCUGGUAAAGGGCGCAUCAACAUUACGUUUCGAAGAGCCAUGGUCAAGGGAGGGACUGAGAAUUAUUACCGCUACAACGUGGGCGAUGGAGUCAGCCACAAGUGGGAUGUUGGUCUCCGAAAAAUGAUACCCUGGCAACCCAAUUGA